GAGUCAGACGCAAGUGUUGGCGGUUAGUGCGCGUACAACGUGCUGAGUCGUUGUUUGUGCUGUUUUGUGUACGGCGUUAUUUUGUUUGUUGUUUGUGUGCUCAUUCCGGCAAUUUGGCCAAGUGCAACGACAACUUAUAUUGACGUCAACAUCUAGCAGCGUAUUCAAGACUCCAGUGAUAUCAGUGACUUCAGUCCAUCUGGUGUCAGGAUUACAGUGAUCUGCAACGAUAAAAUACUAGUUACGCACAUCAAGAAUCAGUGACGGUUAUCAGUGACGCUAGUGUCUUCACAGUGACAGGAUAACUUCGCAACGGUUCCAAACGGUACUAGGUUCGCAGUGAGAGUGGAACGGUGAUGUGCAGUGAUGUUGGAGCUAGUGAGCGGCAGAGGGAUGAGAAGGUGCGCGUCUUCGGCGCAGGAACGGUCCAAGAGACCGCACAGCUACCACGGCAAGCUGGUCGCCUCUAGGCUGCUGUGUUCGCUCAGGUGCGCCCAGAACCAAGGGACCACAGCAGCCUUCCCCAAGAGUAACACGUGGAGGUUCCAGCCAAACAAGAGCCAUGAGCGAGCAGUAGACAUGGAGGUGCCCAACAGCCCUGACAAGACCUCCAACACUCCCGUCACCACCCUCAAGGUACAUCUGCCCAACGGAACCUUCAACGUGGUCAAAUAUGGCGAAGCCAUCGACAUCAAGGGUAUCAUCUCUACUGUCACCAGCAGGCUGGCCACAGAGCCUCGGGCUUACCAGCAGUGCUACGCCAUGCGGCUACAUCACCCGGCUACAGGGGAGAUGCACUGGAUACACCAGGACACCACCAUGGCUCAGGUGCAGGAGAGGUUUGAGAAGAUUCACCCCAUGAAUGAGUGGCAUUUUGAACUUAGGAUAAGAUAUUUACCUCUAAACCUUAACCAAAUGUAUGAAAAAGACAAAGUCACAUUCUACUUUUAUUAUGAUCAGGUGCGGAACGACUACCUGAACAGUGAAGUAGGCGCUAGGAUAGACCAAGACACAGCUGUACAGUUGUGUUGUCUGGAGAUUAGGAACUACUUUAAGGAUAUGCCUCAAAUCGCACUAGAUAAGAAGUCCAACCUUGAGUAUCUGGAGAAAGAGGUGGGACUACACAAGUUCGUCCCCAAGCCUGUACUGGAGGCAUCCAAACCGAAGACGCUACGGAAGGCGAUCCAAGCGCAGUUCAAGCGAGUGGCUCAACUGUCCGAGGCUGACUGCAUGUUCCGCUUCUUUGACCUGCUGCGGACACAAUACAACUACCAUCAUGAACGGUUUACCUGCGCCCUCGGGUCGGGAUGGUCGAUCCCAGUGGAGAUAGUGAUUGGACCAGACCUCGGCAUCUCAUACAUGACACCUCGGGCACCAGGAUCAGUGCCAACCAAGAUGGCAGAGUUCUCGUCAGUGCUGGGUAUACAGACUCUAGUCAGUGACUGUGACACUCACCGCAAGGCCAUGCUACAGUUGAGAGUGGCUGGAGCUGCGGAGACACUCACCAUCACCUGUCCCUCGGCCACGGACGCUGAGAGUUUGGCGGACCUAGUGGACGGCUACUGCCGGCUGCAUCAUGGCUCAAGCACCUCCAUGUGGAACAGGAAAGCUGCCAUUUGGAAACGAUUUCCCUGUCCAUGUGCUUCGGCAAAAGAAUCGGCGAGGCAUAGAAAGGAAGAGGCUGAUCGCAACGGCACACUGUUGUCUGAGGAUUAUGCUGAGAUUGUUGAUGAAGAGGGAGACUAUUCUACACCUGCAACCAAGGACUAUGAACUGACCAGGGUGCAGGUGGAGCUGGCAGAGAUCAUUGGUGAGGGCCAGUUUGGUGAUGUACACAAAGGCACGUGCAAGGUCAGAGACAACGUAGUGCCUGUGGCUGUCAAGACUUGUAAGGCGGACGCUGACAUGGCUACUGCGGAGAAGUUCCUCGAGGAGGCUUACAUCAUGCAGCAGUUUGAGCAUCCACACAUCAUCAGAUUGAUAGGUGUGUGUUCAGACUCUCCUAUCUGGAUAGUGAUGGAGCUGGCCAAGCUGGGAGAGCUGAGGGCCUACCUGCAGAGUAACAAACCUCGGCUAGACCUGGCCACUCUAAUACUGUAUACAUUCCAACUGAGCACGGCCCUGUCCUACCUGGAGAGCAAGAAGUUUGUCCACCGGGACAUUGCUGCUCGUAACGUGUUGGUGUCGUCACAUACCUGUGUCAAGCUGGCAGACUUUGGUCUGUCGCGAUGGGUGGAGGACCAGAGCUUCUACCAGGCGUCCAAGGGCAAGUUACCCAUCAAGUGGAUGUCCCCGGAGUCCAUCAACUUCCGAAGGUUCACAGCAGCUAGCGACGUCUGGAUGUUUGGUGUCUGCAUGUGGGAGAUCCUGAUGUAUGGUGUGAAGCCGUUCAUGGGUGUGAAGAACAACGAUGUGAUUGGCAAGAUAGAGAAUGGAGAACGACUGGCGCUGCCACCCAGCUGUCCCCCCAGACUGUACAGCCUCAUGUCCCAGUGCUGGGCCUACGAGCCUAGCAAACGACCCAGCUUCCGGGACAUCAAGGAGACUCUCAAUGAAAUUCUGUUGGAAGAGAGGGAUCAGCAACAGGAAACUAUGAGGAGAGAAAACAGAAGAGUUCAGGCAAUGUCUUGGGGGUCUAAUGGCUCAGAUGACCCACCACCGCCCAAGCCAUCACGCUACCCGGGGGUCAGUGACUCUCUCUCUACCGCCUCCACAGCCGUGGUCGGGGCGGAACCCUCCGUCUCCACCUACAUCGUCGCUCAAAACCCUGAGGUGCUUGUCCAUCUGCUCAAAGAGAACGAAGCUCGCGGUCUCAAUCCGUCCGUGUACACCACUCCCGCAUCGGCAUUCAACACUCUUGCGGUAGAUUUCCAAAUGAUCAAGUCGGACGAAUCCGACAGCACUCUUUCCGCUGGCAAUUCUGUCUCGACUCAUAGCUUGAAUAACGAUCCGCCUCGGAAAAACUCUCUAACCCAGGCUUCUUCUGAUAUCACCGAGUCCUAUCCUUCAUCUAUGAAUAAGUCUUUGCCUCGCAAUUUCGGUGGCAGGAGUAGCAAGCCGGUGUUGGUCAGUGUGGGUAGGAAGGUCACGGGGUCUUCAGAGGAUGUGGGCUCCAGUAAGGAGGAUCUUGCUAGACCUGCAGGAGCUCUGGAGAGGCCGCUGUACGGAGACAGCCUGCUGAACCACACACAAGACACAGACCACUACAUAGAGACUGAACAACAGCUGUUAGAGAGGAGACUUAAACAACAGCUAAGAGAAUCACAGGAAGACAGCAAGUGGCUACAGGAGGAGGAGACACAGCUGAAGAAGAGGUUGUCUAUAGCUCCGAGUCUAUCAGAUACAGAGUCCCUGGAAGGAGAAAUAUCACCCCCUCCCCCUGCACCGUCCACAGCCACCCGUAGUGACUCCCUGGACAGCCGAGGUAGCGGCAGUUUAGCAGCUGGAUCUGAUGAGAGGAUAGUCAUCGUCAAGAAAAUGGAACCGACACCGACGGCAGAUCUGGACAGGACGAAUGACAGAGUGUAUGACUGUACAACAUGCGUGGUCAAGGCUGUCAUGGCUCUUUCUCAAGGUGUUCAGGCAAGUCUAGCGUCCCAGUACCUAGAUCUGGUCAGGAAGGUGGGGAUUGAGUUAAAGGCUCUGCUACAGAGUGUAGACUGUUUGGUGCCUCUGUUUCCAGCGUCCGCUCACAAAGAGGUGGAGAUGGCUCAUCAGGUGUUGGCCAAGGACAUGUCAGAACUUGUCAACACCAUGAAGCUUGCCCAGCAGUACAGCUCCACUACCCUGGAUAACACAUACCGCAAAGCAAUGUUGUCUGCCGCCCAUGUACUGGCAAUGGACGCCAAGAACCUCUUAGAUGUUGUAGACUCAAUCCGCAUGAGACAUCCCAACGUAGACGCUCUGAUCUGCACCCCACUGCCCCCUACCACGGCACCCCUCGACAGUUAGCCACCCCUCCACUAGACAGCUUACACCAAAUACAGCUCACCCUCUCAAGACUUCUAUCAUAUUGCGAUUUGAUAUUACUGUAAUUACUUUACUUUGUAAAUCGGUAUCUAUUAUUUAAGCGUUAUACAUAUUUAUUAUAUAGUGAUAUUUUAUUUAAUGUACAUUUUAUAGCGCUUUUUCGUAUUUGUUAGAGAUCAAUGAAACAAUGCAAUGUGGGGAUUUGAAAAAUUGUAAAGGCUUUUGUAUAGUGUGCGAUGUUUAAAGGCUAGUUUCCGCUUGAAAUAUCGUUCCGGUGAAGUUAACCUUUGUACAGUUUAGGUCAUAUCAGUGACGUUUGGUAGCUCGGUGUUUGCUGGCGAUUUGCUUACAGUAGAUCCGCUUAGCAAUAUCAGCUGUAUAUAUGUACUAUUCACGUUAGAUUUAAGGUACAUCCUACCAAAAAUAGGUUAUAGAGAUUGUUAUUUUAAGAAAUGAUAACUAUAAUUUUUUACAAAUAAUUAGUUUUACAUUGUGUAAAGUUAGUUCUGCUAUUUAUACAUACCACUUUUUGAGAUAAAGCACGUUUUGUUUUUUACCUAGACUAAAAGAGUACUAAAAUAGAGGUUCUAUUGUCUGUUUGAACAGUCGUUUGUGAAAUGGUCUGUAAUAUUUAUUCUAUGUCAGUAAUGUAGAUUCCUGCUUGCAUUAUCACGUUUCAAAGUAUUUAUUGCAUUUUUCACUUUAUUAUGAUAGGAUGAUAAAAUUUGUAAUCUUUAAGUAUAUUUAUUAUUUUCAAUCAUUAAGGUUUUUGUAUUCAAUAUAAUUUGCCUGUGAAAAAUCAGAAAAUCAUAGCACAUUACGAAGCGCUAAUUUGUAGUCCUUUUAAUUGAAACUCUUGUUUCCAUUUGUGAAAGAGACACACUUGGCUACUUUAUUGUUAAGAGGUUAAAGGCUAGUCUUUCAAGUCUGAUUGUACGCAAUAUAAUUUACAAACUAGGCUAAAGCUCCAUCUUAUCCAUGAUCUAUAGUAUUAAUCUUCCAAGGCUGUACCCGAUAUUCCAUAGAGAUUAAUUAAGUGAUACAAAUUUUUGUAAUUUGCAUUUACGUUAAAAAUAAUUUUCUUUUAAUUAAUUGUAUUUAUUUUUUUAUAAUUUGACAAGGUUGGUAUUUUUUUAUUUUGGGUGCUUCAUUUUUUACCAGUAACAAAGUAAGUUGUGUGAUUUUUGUGAAUUGUAAAAUAAAUUAGACUUGUAUCUGUGAAUGUGAUUGUUCUUGUACUCAUUUCAUUUAAAGAGUUUCAUCAAGUAAACGUUAAAUAAA